AUGGCAGACGCUGCGGUGGCAGGCUUCACAGAAAUCACGGGGUCAACCCCCGAGGUGGCCUCCCACUAUCUGCAGCUGACCGACGGAAACCUCGAAAUCGCUAUGCAGCUCUACUUCGAAAAUGGAAGCGCUGAUAUACACCAGGAACCCUCUGUUCAACCAGCUCCACCGCACCCCGCACCCGCACCUGCACUAUCAUCUACUCGACCCUCUCACCCCUCCGGCUACCAAGACGUUCACGGUGUAGUUCAUCUCGACUCCGAUGGCGAUGAUGAUGAUGGUAACUACAACAACCGUAAUAAUGAUAAUAAUAUGAAUGAGAUAGAAGAGGUGGAAGUUGUCAAUAUCCCCGUACGAACCUCACAGCAGCAAUCAGCCUCCACCAGUCGACCUCCACCUUCAAACACAACCUUUGACGAUGAUGAAGCACUGGCCCGCCGUUUACAAGAGGAAUUUUACGCUGGUGCGGAGGGCUUGAAUGCAGUGGAUGCUGACGGUGUAAGGGCUCCCAUGGCUCGGACUACAGAGACUCUCGUUGACCCCAGCGCGGAUUCGGGGUUUGACGAUGCCAGCUUAGAAGAAGCAGUCCUGCGCCAGAUGCGGGCUAGACAGCAUGCCAGAGCAGGCAAUUAUGUUCAUGGCGCUAAUAUCGAUCUUUCCAUCCAAGUAGGUCGGCCGGGUAUUUUCAACCAACGGCCUGUUUCAUUCUCCAUCUGGAAUCAGGACGACCCAGCCUCCCAUCGCGCUGCCUUGUUGCACGCUACAGGGGGAGCCUCGAAUACGUCAAGUAAAUCUGGAAUGCUUGCAGAAAUGUACCGCCCCCCUUUCGAGAUUAUAUCGAAACUCCCUUGGGAUCUAGCUCGCGAUGAAGGCCGGGAGAAAAUGAGAUGGCUCCUGGUCAACAUCCAGGAUCCAGCUGUCUUUGACUGUCAAGUUUUGAACAGAGAUCUUUGGAAGAACCCAGGCGUCAUGGAGACUGUGAAGGAACAUUUCAUCUUUCUACAAUACUUAAAGGACGACCCGCGUGGCUCACAGUACAUCCAGUAUUAUUUUCCGGGCGUUGACGUUCAAGAAGAAUACCCGCACAUUGCAAUCGUCGAUCCACGAACGGGCGAGCAAGUCAAGACCUGGUCUGGGCCCCCGGUCAUAAAACCGGCAGAUUUCCUAAUGCAGCUUCACGAAUUCCUCGAUCGGUACAGUUUAGACAACAGCGUGCGAAACCCCGUCGCGAGACGGAAACCGGACGUGAGGAAAGAGCGCAAGAUCGAAUCGAUGUCUGAAGACGAGAUGCUAGAGAUGGCUUUAAAGAAUAGCCUGGAAACCGAAAAUCCAUCUCGACGCGAGGAUCCCGAUGAUCUGACACGGAGCAUAGGCGAUGUUAGUGUCAAGGGCAAAGGCAAGGGGAAGGAGAAAGGGCAAACAUUCUCAUUGGACCCGGACGAUAUCGACAUGGACUCAAACGGCCCAGGCAAAACCGAAGACGAAGACGGAAACGACGCCAACUCAUCCCUCCCCAACUCCACCUUCGUUUCCAUCCCCUCCGACCGCUCUCACACCGAGCCAGACCCGGACCCAGCAACAGUAACACGAAUCCAAUUCCGUCACCCAACCGGCCGCGUGAUUCGGCGCUUCAGCCUCUCCGACCCCGUGCGGCGGAUAUACGAAUGGCUUAAAGCGUCGCCUUUGGAGGGUAAGGAGGGCGUUGAGUUUGAGCUAGUGGCUAUGGGGCAGAAUUUGAUUGGGUUGUUGGAUGUUAGUGUUGAGGAUGCUGGGUUGAAGAAUGGGACUGUUAUGGUUGGGUUUGUGGAGGAUUAG